AUGGACGCUCGUAGAACCAAACUUUACAACACAGAAAACCAGAAAAAUCAUACCACUAAUAGGCACAAAAUGUAUCCUCCAGAAGCGACAGUGAAACUCGUCAAGAGUGUGUCUGAUCAAAACGUAUUUUUAACUUAUGUGUGUACUGUAAACAACAUUAAACCUGAAAACUUUAACGCGGGACAUAAUAAGAGCAAUUACUUCGACGGUGAGAUGGAAGAGAUUGACGAUGAAGAACCACCAAUUCAAGUGGAAAGAUCAAAAGCUCUACACGAGCUCGUAGAAUCACACAGAAAUGAUAAAGCUAGUCUUAAUGAGCGUAACGAUACAGGAUCAUCUGCUAUUCUCACUACUUGCACAUCAGCAGAAGAGAGCUGUUAUUCUCAGAAUGAGAGCAUCGAAGAGAGAAAUCCUAACAUUCUAAAAUUAACCAAAAUGAAAUGGCUUACAGAGGAUCAGCCGGGAUCUCCAGACUCCAGUUCUCCAAACGUCACCCCAACGCUAUCUUCGACAAGCACAAAUUGCAGCAGAGAAUCCGAUGAAGAUCUACCCAAAACUUUUAGCAGUGACAAAUAUUUGUCUACAAUCCUACGCUUGGACAGAGAGCAUAAUUUGUUUGGAUUGUCUAACAUCGCCAUCGUUGGGUCACGACCAUCGCGGAAGAUCAAGAAUCAGGAUGAGAGACCGGUCUUCCAUCAGACGGCUAUAGUGCAAGUUUGCUGCGGAAUGGGUUGUUGCAGACAUAUGAGUAAAACAGACUUGCCGUCUUCCUUGAAGUGCCCCACCUGCCGGCCAUGUUGCGCAGAGGCCGCCGGUUGCCCGACAUGCGCAAUUCCAUGCCCUCCAUCAUCGUGUUCUGCGCCGGCCUCUUGCGGACCACCGUGUCCCUCGGGCAAGUGUGCUGCCGACUGCGGCAGUUGCUUUGGACUAAAGAUAUCCGUAGCGAAGAAGCCGAAAUUUGAACCAGAACCAGUUGAAAUUACUCCGCGAUCCAGCUGUGUUUUGCAAAAGCCCUUUGCGGCAAGACCCUGCAAACACUGCCCUCCAUGCGUCCCACCCUCUUCCUGCUUCCCCUACCUCAUGCCCUGUUUCUGGCCGUCGAGGCCCGGGGCCCCCUGCAACGACCCCACCAGGUGCUUCCACAACCCCCCCUGCAGGCCUCCCAGGAGACCUAGAUCUACACCAGGUCAAGAACCAAGCCAAGUUUGCCCUCCGAAGUCUACAACGUCAGCUUUACCACAAUGCACAGCAUGCUUUGAAGCUGAUUUACCGAAUAAUUUGCCUGACAGCGGUAUUGGAAUCGCCGCAAAUCCAAAACCAAACAAGAAAAAUAAAGAUACCAAGACCACAAGACCGAAAUCUGGAGACACGCGCGACAAUAAUUCCUAA